AUGCCUGCAGCAGACAAUCGCCGCCUCCAGGCCCUCGCGGCCGUCGCCGGCGACUACGAAUGGCACCGCGCCGAGAUCAGCGAGCGGACGGACGGCACCUGCGAGUGGAUCCUCGAAAACCCCGAAUUCUCCGCCUGGAUCGCCGCCGACGGGCCCUCGCUGCUCUGGCUCACGGGGAAUCUCAAGUCCGGCAAAACCGUCCUGGCCGACUUCCUCGCCAGCGAACUCGCCGCGCGUAACCCAAACUCCACCGUCUGCUCCUACUUCUUCCCCGAAAACGACCUCUUCGAGGACCACCCUCCGCCGAAGCACGAGGCCAGUCGCGCGCUCGCCGCCCUCCUACACCAAGUGCUAAAUAACCAGCCCGCGCUCGCCACCCACGCCCCGGCGCUCCAACAACAAGAUGCGCGACCAGAUGCGGAGCCCCGUUUGCCUUCCGUCGGGAGUUUAUGGGCAGCCGUCUGCGGUAUAGCGAGAGCGCUAGGGGGCCGGAAAGCGCAAUUGAUAGUACUUCUCGACGGCCUCGACAUGUGCCAAGAGCCCUCACGAGCCGAGCUUCUCGCGGAGCCAGCUGCCGCGCCGGCAGACCUGGGGCGUCACCUCAAAAUCCUGCUUACCAGCCGGCCGAAUGCCGAUAUCGCGGAGGCGCUGGGGUCCCCGAGCACCCUGGUACGCCUCCGGAGCGAGGAUGCGCCCUGGAUCGCGAGGAAGGAGGUCAAGCGUGUCCGCGAAAGCGCAAUCGAAGCCCUCAAGAGCAAGGGAGAUCUCGAUGAGACAAAGAAAUCAAACUGCGCCGGCAAAUGGAUGAAUUGCUCCGACGAACCCGAGGCGGCUCGCGCGCAAAGCGAAAGGGUCUUUGGGAAACUGCAUAGCGGGUAUAGGCGCUGGCUGGAGCCGCUCUUGGAGAAUCCAAAAUUGCGCGAGCUUGUCCACGUGGUGGCUACCAAAGGAGAUCUCGAGCUGAGCUUGAAUGACAUCAAUAUCCUGCUUGCGCUAGACGGCCGCGCCCGAUUAAGGACGCAAACGAUUGAGGACAUCAAAGCGAAAUUAGAUCCCAACAUCGAGGCCACGAUCCUUCGCCUAACGGAAGAGUCUCGGCUGCCAAACUUGGGCAACAUCCAUCUAACAAUGGCCGACAAGCUCACGCAACUCCUCCUCCUCAAGACCCCCACCCUGACCAAGGCCGUCUGCCCCCGGCUGUUCGACCUCGCCGUCAAGUCAUGGCUCUCCCACGCCAAGUUCCGCGGCGAGCGGCCUCCCAAAGACGGCGACCCGUCCCUGGUCGAGAGGCUACGUGCGUCGAUGACUGACUUAUGCGAUCCCUCCGGCGACUCCAUCGAGCUCUGGUGGCAGGGUUUCGUGAGCACCAACCAUGGCUUCGUCCGUGCCUCGAGAGACAGGCCCGGACCUUGGUUCGAGCAGACGGGCGGCAGGGCUGCCUCGGAAUUGACUUUCCAGCUCGACGCCAGGACAGUCAUCUUGGAUAAGACCGCGUGGGACGACCAAGACCUGCUCGUGUAUGCCGCGGAAAACACGCACACCCAGGUCAUGUCCUACCUCCUACGCGUGCACGGUCAUCUGCCAAUGGACAGAGAGCAAGCCUUCGCCGCGGCUUUCACCGACCCGUCGCCCCCACUGCUUCAAGGAACAGAUGCGAUAGUGCCCGAGCAUAUCAGCCCUUACACACAGUUCCCGGCCUUUGUAUUGAUGGUGUCCCACGCAAACGACAACUGGGAUGACCUCGUCGAGAUCUGCGGCAAUAUCAACGAACCGGAAAGCGGGUUAUCGCCCCUCAUCAUGGCCGUGCUCCUGGGUGAUCCCGCCAAGGUCCGCGGCUUGCUGGCCAAGGGCGCGCGCGGACACCGUGUGCAACGGGAGCACGAAGAUCCCGCGGCCCUCCGGCACAACAUCCGCGUCAUCCUGCGCCAGGUCGGCCAGAGUUCCGCCACCGCGACUCUCGUCGCGCGCAAGGCCUUCCAGAACGAAUCCAUGGAACCCAGCGCCGAGAUGUGCGCCAUCAUCCUGCAGAGCAUCGAGGAUUCGAACCUACUGCAAACGCCCGUCGCGCUGGGCCAGGAGCUGUGCCACAUCUUUGCCGGGAGCGGGCCGCCGUCCGUGCUGCGGGAGGCCUUGGACGCGGGUGCCAUGGGUCUCUCUACGUAUCACGACGGCAAGUCGCUCGUGCACACGGCUGCCGAAAAGGCCGCGCUCGACAACGUGGACGUCAUCGUGGACUACGCCGGGCCAAGCGCGCUCCUCCAGCCUGAUGCGGAGGGCAAGACGUGCUUGCACUAUGCCGUCCGCGCCGGCCAGUCUGCCACGGCAUGGUCCCUCUUGUCGGGACGGUAUCCGGCCCUGCUUUCUAUCCCGGAACGUCGACUCGGUGGACUCACCCUGCUGCACGACGCUGCGUACGGCGCGGUCCACAGCGGCAGCGUAGACAUUAUCCAGAUCGUGCUCCGCGACGCCAAGUGCGCGAUCGACGCGCAGGACAGCCGGGGCCGCACCGCCCUGCACCAUGUUGUUGCCGCCGUCCGAGAUAGUGGGCUCGAGGACGAGAGCGAGCUCACGGACGGGGAACGAGCCGUUCGGCUCUUGAUCGUGGAGGGGCUCGAGUAUCUCAUUGCGGACGCGCAGGGAGAGUCGCCGCUGGCGUUUGCGCGGAACUUGCGCGAGAGGGCGGAGAGCUGCGGGCAGGCGCAAAUCAUGGCCAACUACCAGCAAUUCCUCGCUAAGAGUGCUGGCCUUGAUGUUGGCCUUGAGGACGACAUAUAA